AUGGCUGUGCAUGUAGCCGCAGACUACUCAGGCUGGGUGCGUGAGCUAGAUGAAUACCAGAGUGGCGACGGUCAACAUGAUGAACGUCUCGAAGCUUCGAAUGAUAGUGGCAAAGCAUCUCGACCGUCAGUAAAAUCUCGUUCUGAAAGCACAGCGAAUGCAACCCGAAAGAUGAAGCCACGCACAACGAGCGCCGCGCCAAUCUCACAGGCAGAAGAGCUACAGCAAGAAAUGAAGUUGCUGAACUGGCACAAACUCGCGAACGAGGCAGCUCUCAAAGCUGCCAUCAUCAAGACCAAUAAGAUCAAACAGGAGGACUCGCAGUUCGCGAGUGCACUUAGUCAGGGAGAGCGCGAAGAGCGUGCGCAACGUGCUCAGCAGAUUAUUGAAGAGGAGCAGCUCAAACCUCUGCAGGUGAACUCUGAGUUUUUCCGCAACCUGGAAGCUAAAGGUCAACGUGACGAGGCCAAGCUCGAUGAUGAUGUACAGCGCCACAUCCAGCAUCUUCGAAAGCUCAAAGAAUCGAUGGCACAACGUGAGGAUAUGCAGCGAAGGCGCCAACAGUAUCGAGAGAAGAUGCUGGAGCUUCAAGCUAGUGGGAACGAUACCAGUCGGGCCAAGACAAAGGGGUCGAAUCAAGACGAAGAAUCAAACUCGCCUAACAAACGUGAUCGGGGGAAUAGUAACAGCGUGUACCACCGAGCGGCGAUGGCUGCUGGCGGCAAAGCUGCCCAAGACAACGCAAACGUGGUGACCAGUCUUGACAAACUGAUGGAGCUUGAGCAGCGUAUUAGAAACCUGGAAGAUGCCGGUUUAGCGGUGGAUGAUCUCGACGACGCGCGAGAUGGUAGCAACUCUAGUAGAACAGGAGCGAAGCAAUCCACCGCUGGAAGCGGCCUCCGGUUUGCUAAGAGAAGAGCUACUGGUGGGCUACACGAACCCUCCAGAACUGUGUAUGCUGUCACAGGGCCGACCAAAAUGCGUGCACGAGAUAAAACACCAGUGUCUUCGUUACGACGGACACAGGGAUCGACAGCAGCGGCGAACGCGAAGAAGCGCGCGCUCAACAACAAUACCGGGGCGAGAAAUAGGACCAGAUCGAAGACAGACACGUUCCUCACGAGUCUCCCUGAGAGCAAGCAACGACAACUUCGACGCAUGACGGAACGCGAACGACGUAACUUUCUCAAGAACGAGAAGGCAACGGAAACUCAAAACCAAGCACGCAAGCAGGAUGUUGUAAUUGAAGGAUGGCUUGAGAAGAAGCGUGCCGCUGCGAACCAACGCAAGACCACGGCGUCUCACGUGCGAGCUGGCGCAGCAGCAAAGGCCGCAGCAGAAAGAACUCAGAAGCAACGAAUGCCUCCACCGCCUCGUGUAAGAGCUCCCUCCGUCGGUGCAGCGUCUGGAAAGCGUAUUGCGAACUCACACCUGCAAAAGCUCGAUGACAUUAAAAAAGGAUACAACAAACGGAAAGAGGCGUUCCAGCGACUACCGGCGACAACUAGCACCAGAUCUACUGGCCGGUUCAGCUCAACUACCGCACAUGCUAGCCGAAACCAACGAUCGUUUGCUCGGAGUGCGGUAAUUGGAGCUAAUACUCGGCAGACCGCAAGCUAUAGCGGAACCAAACUACCGCCUACCCGCUCUGUAGUACCAACUAGGACUAUGGCAACUCGACAGCCAUUAAGUCGGCGUGGCGGACCAACGUCCGGUCCAGUGGCGGGGCACGUCACUAACAAGCUACCACAAAUCCAGCGAAAUAUAGCGCCAUCCAAAGCUCUGUCACGUCCUGGACCAGGCUUAGUCGUCGGUAACAGCGCCACUUUGCCAAGGUUAUCGACUCAGGCAAGACCCGGGCCUAUGCCGCUGCAGCCUUCAGCCGCUCGGAGCGGCAACAUGCCGACGUUCAGCCGUCUGCACAAGCGAUAAGCAAAAUAUGAUGUUGAAGUGGUUUUGCCACAUGGCUAC